CCCCCCAUCUUGACACCAACACUGCUGCCGCCCACACCCUCAACCCUCUGGAAGAUCUGCCAUCUGAGUGAAGGGUCUGUCUCUCCUCCCAGGAUUACAAUAAAACCCGUCAUCAUGCCUGUGGGAACACCUGCCCCCGUAAACAAGCGGAAAAAGCCCUCCAAGAUCAUAACUGACCUAUCACAUGUCACUCAGGAUGAGUAUGAGUCAGAACCAGAGGCAUCCGAGUUUGACCUGGGAACAAAGAUCAGGACUCCCAAGGACAUCAUGCUGGAGGAACUUUCCUUAAUGAACAACCGAGGCUCUAAGAUGUUCAGGAUGAGGCAGGAGAGGGUCAAGAAUUUCAUCCAUGAGAACAACCCUGACAUUUUCAGCAGUGAGUCGAUGGAAGACCUGCAGAAGUUUGUUGGAGGUGAGAUGGGAGGUCACAUGAUAAAUGUCGGUGGGCAUUUUGUCAGCAAAGAAGCUAGGCAUCUGCAUCAUGUAGGGGUACAUGUCGGAGGAGGGCCCCCCGUUCCUCCUCCAAAGCCUGGAAGCAAAGGUGCAGGAGCAGGUGGGGCAGGAGGAGCAGGAGGUGAAGGAACAGGUGGGGGUGACCAUGGAAAAGGAGAAGGAGCUAGUGAGUGGACUCCACUAAAAGGGGGUGGAUCAGACGAUAUGAAUAAGAAGCCUGUUUAUAUAAAGACGUACAUCUCACCAUGGGAGAAGGCCAUGAAGGGUGAUGAGAUUCUGAUAGCCACUCUGAAAACUGGAAUGCCUGGUCCACAUGAGCACAAGGAUGUCCCCAAGUUCAAAAGCUUCAACAGGAGUGCCAUCCCCUUCGGCGGCUUUGAAAAGGCCAACCUGUUAUUGAAAUUCCAGCUGCCAGCUGAGCCGCCCAAACAGGAGCCCGAACCAGCAGUGGUGUACAAUCAGGAAGUCGGUGGCCGACCUACCUUCAACCGCACUCCUAUUGGCUGGGUGGGUAGCAGUGAGCCCACUAGCAUUCAUUUGGAUAUGGAUGUGCCCUUUGAUGGAGAGACCGAUGAGCUGUAAAAAAAAUUAAUUAAAAAAAUACACAUACUUUCAUUACACUCACUAUGCACAGACACACAUGCAAGCAUAAAUGCAUGUUAACAUUUUAGCAUUCACAAGAAUGAUAGAUGAGCUUACACUUAACUGUUAUAUUGAUGAAUUUGAAUCUCUCAGUGUGAAUAACUGAUGGCAUACAUGACAUGUGGUAAUGUUGUUGCUCUGUGUUUGACUGUAAGGCAAAGAAAUUAAAUGUGUUUGAUAAGUUCAUAAACUGAGCCAGCGUACUCCUUUAAUUUGUCAGAAAAAAUGUUGUCUGUGAAAUGUUGCUGAUUUUGUGAACAAGUAAAGAAUGAAAGCUUUUUGAAGGAUAGAUUUAUGCUGAUGUUACUGUUGUGCAUGCUGUCUGGAUGUCAACUUGUUAUCACAUGUUAUUUCCCAGUGCCUUUUUUGUUGUUAAGAUCCUCUGAAUCUUUUUUGAGCUAUGGGCAACAAGAAUUAAUUCUGGAUGCAUGCAUAGAUUCAGUUGUUGAUGCAUUAACAACUUUACCCUCCACAGUGUCUCCACAAUAAACUUUUAAACUGUAACAAUAAUCUUGAAGAGAAUGAUUAAAAUGUCAAGGGAAGUCCUUUUG